GUUCGCAGGGGGGCGGGCUGGGCUGCGGGAAGGGCGCGCGAGGGGAGCGGAGGACGCCGGGCGCCGCGGCUGGAGAAGGUGACGAGUGCCCUUCGUUGUCAUCCAGGGAGGAGCACGCGGCCGCCGUCCCGCUCGGCCGCCCACGAUCCCGCGUCCGCAGAGAUGUCAGCCGCCGGCGUCCGGGGCCUUCGGGCCACCUACCACCGGGUCCUCGAUAAAGUGGAGCUCAUGCUGCCGGAGAAGUUGAGGCCGAUUUACAACCACCCAGCAGGUCCCAAAACAGUUUUUUUCUGGGCUCCAAUUAUGAAAUGGGGGUUGGUGUGCGCUGGGCUGGCGGACAUGGCCAGACCCGCAGAGAAGCUCAGCACCGCUCAAUCUGCUGUCCUCAUGGCUACGGGGUUUAUUUGGUCAAGAUACUCACUUGUAAUUAUUCCAAAAAACUGGAGUCUGUUUGCUGUUAAUUUCUUUGUGGGGGCAGCAGGAGCCUCUCAGCUCUUUCGUAUUUGGAGAUAUAACCAAGAACUAAAAGCUAAAGCAAACAAAUAAAAGUUCCUGACCACCCGAACAAUCUAGAUGUGGACAUAACCACUGGGACUAAUUUGAUUUAUUAUUUGGUUAUUGAUAAGGUGAUAUUAACUGUGCUAAUGUUUGGAAGGCAUUAAAAAAAAACAGACUGUAAACUGGGGGGUGGGGGGGGGCUAAUACUCGAUUCCACAGAAAAAUAAAGCAAACUUUUAAUAACGGUGUUUCUUUA